AUGUCGACUAUAGAACUCCGCUACACUAUAGUAAACGCUCUCCUACUUAACAAGCCUGAUGUCAAUGCUCAGGAUCUUCAGGGCAAUACACCCUUGCACUUCGUAGUGGCACCUGGCCGCGUGGAGUUGGUCAGACCUGUUAUCGAUCAAGGAUGCAAUGUUAGAAUCGCCAACUUGGAGGGCCGAACAUCUCUUCACCUGGCUGCAAUGCUAUACAAGACAAUACCUCCAAUAAUACUGCCCUGGCUACUUGAGGCCCACGCAAAAAUUAAUGUUCAGGACCAAGCUGAACAGACACCACUACACCUGGCAACCGUGGCCAAGCAGACUGAGGCAAUCAAGGUGUUAGGAAAGCAUGGGGCAAGGCAAGAUAUUUUAGAUAACGAUGGCAAGACUGUUCUAAUGACUGCUUUUCCGCUCAACUUAUUCCAAGACUUUGAGGAUAUCUUUCAGGGCAGUGCUCUAUCAGCUUCACUCUUCAAGUCUAUCGAGGCUGGUGCGGUUGAGAGUAUUGGUCGACUCAUGGAGAAAAUGGAUCGAGACUCAUGGCCACCCAUGGAUGAAUCUGGUUAUACCCCGUUUUACGUUGCUGCCAAAUCUGGCAAACCAGCAGGGAUUGCUAGAGUGAUCCAAAAAGCAAACGAACCUGGUUUCGAUCCCCAGAGCAUCCUUGUGCCAAAGGCUGUGCCAACGGCGCUUUCUAUUGCCGCUAACGGCGGCCUUGAUAUCGUAAAAGCCAUUAUGGAAAACGUGAGACCAGAAACCCGGCAAAAGUUACUGAAACAGGCGGACCAUGUCGGAAAACCCGCGCUGUUCUGGUGGCUCCACAAGCAAGCAGUCUUUUCACACCUCGUUGACUUGGGAGCCGAUAUGAGGACAACAGGGCGCGAUGGUAAUAAUCUGCUACACGUAGCAGCUGAGUUUUCGUACAAAGUGAAAUUUGUCACAGAGAAGAUCGAAACGAUUCUUGGGUUGUUAGUACUCAAGGACAUGCUUGGCGAAACGAACAAGGACGGGAGAACACCAAGAGAGGUGGCAGAACGCGGGCGGAAUCCAAAAAAGGUGGAGUUUUUAGACGCAGUGAUGAGAAGACUUGAUAUGUUGGAUUCAAGAGAGUGA